AUGUCCGUGACCUUCGCUCAACGCGGCAGGCCACCUCCAAAUCCUGCCCAGAUACAGAAGAUGCUUGAUGAAAACAGCCAACUUAUACAAAUGAUUCAGGAGUAUCAGAAUAAGGGCAAGGCACAGGAAUGUGUACAAUACCAACAAAUAUUACAUCGCAAUUUGGUAUAUUUGGCAUCUAUUGCUGAUGUAAAUCAGAAUCUUCAAAAUUUAUUACCUCUACCUCAAGGUAUUCCCAAUGGUCCUCAGCAUGGGAUGAUGAACCCACAAGGGCUUCCAAGUGGUCCAGCAGGACCUGGUGCAGCUGGUCCUGGUGGAGAAAUGCCACCAAAUACACAGCCAACAAUGCCAAUGUCAACAUUUAAUCAAGGCCAACCAAUGGCGCAAGGCUAUCGUGGACCUGUAAUGCCUGGUCAAGGACCUGCCAUAAAUAGGCCUCCAGCCGCACCAGGUCCGCAACAAUAUAGAGGUCCACAAGGCUAUCCUCAGCAACCUACUCAACAAGGUUAUCCUGCUCAAUAUACUGGGCAAAACCCUGGUUCAAACUAUCAAGGACCGCAAGGAUCCGCAUAUACGCCUGGUCAACCAAAUCAAUAUGGACCACCAAACACUUCUCAACAACAAGGAUAUAAUGCAGCAACACAACCAAAUUAUGGUCCUCCAACAACAGUGAAUAGUUAUGGUCCACAAUCAGGUGGUUAUCCACCACCGGGCACAACUCAGCCACCUUCCGGAUAUGGACCACCUCCACCAAAUCAGCAAGGCUAUCCGCCUUCAAAUGCUUCACAACAAAAUUUCUCAUCAGGUAGUCAACAACAACAACCAGGACAAUACGGCAGUCCUAGUCCACAACCAAAUUAUCAGCAGCCUCCGUCCCAAGCGCCACCUCAAAAUGCAUACGUCGCUGGACAACCCGGAAGUUACCCUCCUCCCUCCUCGCAAGCAUAUGCGAAUAAUGUUCCACCACAAAAUUACCCACCACCUCCAACAACUAGCGCGACUCAACCUCCGCAACCUGGGUCUCAACAAAACACGGGACCGCAGCCCAAUUAUGUUAGUCAACCAAGCCCAGGUCCUGGCGCGACACAAUACGGUCCUGCUUCUACAUCUCCACCAUUUAGCACUUCCUCCGCGAGCGGGGGUAAUACUUACGCCCAGAGUCAACCGACAAGCACGCCGUCUGCCUCGACGCAGACGUAUCCGCCGAAUAGUGGUCCGCCACCGACGUCGCAGGGUGGAAGUUACGUAUCCCCAGUACCGUCGGCCCCCUCUGGAUAUCCUGUUCAUCAAGCACCACAUCCGACAUCACAUCCCCCACACCCACCACCGCAUCAAUCACCUCAUCAGCCACCACACACCGCGCAUCAGCCACCACAUCAACCGACUCAUCAGUCGUCCCAUCAACCACCUUCACAUCAAUCACCACAUCAGCCACCACAACAAUCUCAGCAACAGUCACAAACAGCUCCGCAGACACAACAGCAACCAUCUCAGAGUCCAGCACCGAGUGGAUUUCAACCGCCAUCUGGUCCACCGCAAGGUCCUGCUCCACCACCAGGUCCUCAACAACCAACCUAUGGACCUACUACUACACAAACAUAUGUUCCACCGACACCAGGAGGACAACCACAGAUUUAUAGUCCUCAUCCGCCACAAGGAGGACAACAUUAUGGGCAUCCACAGUAUCCUCCUCAAAGUUAUCCUCCACCACCAGCAGGACAAGGAUAUCCACAGUAUCCACCACGACCACCUGGUGGACAUAUGCCUCCUCCACCUGGACCACAAGGACCUCCUCCUCCUAAUCAAUAUGGAGGUUAUGGUUAUCAACCACCUACACAAUAAAAUACAUCAAUAAUUUUUAAAUUUACAUAAAGCUGGAUUAAUACGUAUAUUGAGUUUAUUUUUGUUUACGUUUUUAUUAAUUUUGUGCGAGGACAUUAACAUACUUUCUUAAUGUAAAUUCACAAUAUUUAUCUAUAGAUAUUGUGAAUAUGCAUAUUAACAAUAUCUAAA